UGAGACAGCAGCCAUGUUUACAUACCCGUGCGUCUCGGUGGUAGUGGCAGCCCUACUGUUGGUGGGCGUCACAGCAGACACUCCAGCGAGUUGCCUGUACAGUGACGUGCAGGGCAGUUGGACUUUCUAUGAAGGCGAGAGGAAUCUCGACAAUACCGCCACCUGCGACUCGUUUGAUGCCGUCCAGACAGUUACGGUCGACUUGACGUACCCCAACAUCGCUACUGACCAGUUUGGAAACGUGGGCACCUGGACGUUGAUAUACAACCAGGGCUUUGAAGUGACCGUCAACGGCAGGAGCUACUUCGCAUUCUCCUACUACACCUCGGAUAACGGCACAGUAACUAGUAUCUGCGACCGUACUUUCAAUGGCUGGUCGCAUGACGUCACGCAGAGGCACUGGUCCUGCUACUAUGGUGUCAAGAACUCGCCAGUCUCCAAAAAGACCCACGAGGAUCCGUUCGCAGCAAAGCCGCAACUGAUGGCGCAAAUAGUUGACGUUUUGCAGGAGACACGUUUGGUUGCUGAAAUAAACAAGUCGCAGAAGUUGUGGAAAGCAAAGGUAUACGAUAAGUUUGUAGGAAUGACAAGAGAAGAGCUCACUAAUAUGGCUGGAGGCAAAAGUACGUGGCUGGCAGAGAGGCCGGAGCCCGCACCUGUGACGGCGGAGCUGAAGCGACGCGCCUCCUACCUGCCCAGGCAGUGGGACUGGAGGGACGUCGACGGAGUCAACUACGUGUCUCCAGUCAGAAACCAAGGUAACUGCGGCAGCUGCUUUGCAUUCUCCGCGGCCGGCAUGCUGGAGGCACGCAUCCGCAUCCAGACCAACAGCACGCAGCAGCCCGUAUUCUCGCCGCAGGACGUGGUCAGCUGCAGCCCGCUCGACCAGGGCUGCUCCGGAGGGUUCUCCUACCUCGUUGCAGGCAGAUAUGGCAAGGAUUACGGUCUUGUGGAGGAGUCGUGCAGCCCAUAUGUCGGCAGCAACACGGAAUGUUCCACAAACGUCACCUGUACACGUCACUACUCGUCCGCCUACGAAUUCAUCGGCGGCUACUACGGUGGCUGUAACGAGGUGCUGAUGCAGGAGGCGCUGAUACAGAACGGUCCACUCUCUGUGGACUUCAUGGUCUACGACGACUUCCGGGCCUACACGAGUGGCGUCUAUAAGCACGUCAAGUCCACCACCAGGUCUGACUUCAACCCACUCGUGUCCGUGAGCCACUCGGUGCUGCUGGUGGGAUACGGAGUGGACGAGGCCUCUGGAGAGAAGUAUUGGAUCGUCAAGAACAGCUGGGGCGGCGACUGGGGAGACGCCGGCUACUUCAAGAUCCUGAGGGGGACCAACGAGUGCGGCAUCGAGAGCAUUGCUUUCCAGGCGACCCCCAUCCCGGCCUGAACUGCUAUUCUCGUAACUGUUGCCAUUUGACAUGGACAUCACUCAAUAAAUACGAAGAUUUGUUUAUCAUCAAUAAACAUGUGGGUUGGAAAUAUGUAUGACGACGAGUGUUCUCGAAUUAAACAUUUGUCCCUUCUGAACUACCACUCCCACUACUGCAACGAUAAAAGUUGCAUUUUUUAUGCCUAUAAUUUAUUUGAAUAUAUUUUCAUCAAACGCUAUUAUGUUUCCCGAAAUGACUCAAGCACUCCCGUCACAUAAGACAGAAUUCAAGGUACAGCAGUGACUGAAAUAA